AUGGCUAGUGCCCCAGCAACUUCCCUGUCUGAGAGAAAGUCCAUUAUUACAAUAAGUUUCAUAGCAGCAUUCCUCUUCGUCAUCGUUCGCCUUACAAAUGAAGUAAACUUCCCUUUGAUUCUAAACUGCUUUGGACAAACUGGUGUAAAGUGGAUGCCGUUUUCCGACAAACAAAGGCGGCCUCUCAGAACGCACUAUGGAUAUAUAAAUGUAAAAACACAAGAGCCUCUCCAGCUAGACUGUGACGUCUGUGCCAUUGUUUCGAACUCGGGUCAGAUGGCUGGUCAGAAAGUGGGAAUUGAAAUUGACCAGUCCUCCUGUAUAUGGAGAAUGAACAAUGCUCCUACCAAGGGUUAUGAGGUGGAUGUUGGGAAGAAGACGACCAUACGAGUGGUCUCACACACCAGUGUUCCCCUAUUGCUCAAGAAUCCCGAUUACUUUUUCAAGGAAACCAAUAGCACGGUAUAUGUCAUCUGGGGGCCUUUUCGAAACAUGAGGAAAGAUGGCAAUGGCAUUGUGUACAACAUGCUGAAGAAAGCUGUUGACAGCUACCCCGAUGCCAAAAUCUAUGUGACAACAGAAAAGCGCAUGAAUUACUGUGAUGGGGUAUUUAAGGAGGAGACCGGAAAAGAUCGAGUCCAGUCAGGUUCAUAUCUCAGCACUGGGUGGUUUACCUUAAUUCUGGCUAUGGACGCCUGCUAUGGAAUUCAUGUCUAUGGGAUGAUAAAUGACACCUACUGCAAGUCUGAAGCCUUUCGAAAGGUCCCUUACCAUUAUUAUGAGCCAGGAAGAGAUGAAUGUGAUGAGUACUUUCUGCAUGAAAAUGCUCCCUAUGGAGGUCAUAGGUUUAUCACAGAAAAGAAAGUAUUUGCUAAAUGGGCCAAGAAGCACACAAUAAUAUUUACACACCCCAACUGGACACUGUCUUGAUAUUGGUUCUUCUUUAGCAGCAUAAUAUUACAAAAAUGCCUCAGUUUACAAUGAUCUUGCUUACAUCUGACGGACUUUCUCACACUAGAUAAUCUAAACUAAAACUCAAUGAUAGAGAAAUUGAUGGAUCAGUUGUUAAGCAAAACUUACCAAUUUGUGGAAGGCAGAUGAGUUGCUUAUUUUAUCACUAAGGGUUAUAUACUACAUAAUGCACUUUACAUUUUAACUGCAUUUUAAUUCAAGACAACAGCCAUUUCCA